CCCCCCUUCUUCACCCGGGAGUUUGCUUAGCAGAAGAGUAGCACCCGUGCCGAGCCGUGCCAAACCGGUCCAAAUCCCGCCGCGGCCUGCGCAGCCGGAGGAAAGAGGAAGGAGGCGAAUAAAGGACAAUCUCCUCCUCUUCCUAAACACGGCCCCCUUUGCAUAACGCUCUAAGCUUCACAAACGAACUAAACCGGGUCAGACCCGUUCCAGGCCCACAGUAGCUUUUCUCGCAGCGUUUGAAGCACUAUUUGCCUGGGUUGUAGCUUCCCUCCCGUUCCUUUCCCCCGACUGACCCUUUUUGCCUUGGAGACCGGCUGUCGGCUUUGGUCCUGGCGGGGGGCUGAGAGGUCAGGGGCCGCCAUGGAUUUCCGAGGCAAGAAGUACGAACGGGGCAGUAACUGGUCAGAUCCGGAGGUGGUGGAGCUGCUGCACCUGUGGGCGGACGAGUCCGUGCAGGCGGAGCUGGAGAGCUGCCUGAGGAACCAGCACGUCUUCAACCGGAUCGCUGAGGUGCUGCGGGACAAGGGCAUCCACCGGACCGGCGACCAGUGUCGGGAGAAGAUCAAGAAAAUGAAGCUGGAGUACCGUCGCAUCAAGGACAACAACAAGGCCCCCCGCGGAGGCAGGACCUGGAAGUUUUACGACGUGAUGGAUCGGGUCCUAGCCAGCCGACCUUCCCUGGCUUACAGCGCCUCCAACAGCAGCAGCCUGACGGCUCAACAAGUGCUCCAAGGAAAUAUGGUCGAAAACUACCAUCACCACUUGGACCCCUCCGCGAUGCCCUUCCGCCAUUCUCAGCCCGCAGAGCUGAUGGAGAUCAAGUGCGAGGAGGUGGAUUCCGAAGAGCACUGCUUGACGCCUGAGCCUCUGCCCUCUCUCCCUUACCAGCAGGUGGGCUCUGCUGAGGAGCCGGAAAUAGAAAGGGCCUUUCUGGAUAGGUCCCAGAAUGACUCUCCCAUCUCCAGGGUGGAGAUUCCCGUUGAGACCAGUGUCUCACCUUCAGGUUUAAGUGAGCCUAACAUGGCUUCUUCAUCCAGGAUCCAAAGUCUGGGGCCACGGCCUGGUUUUUCUACCUUGCACCGCUUGAGGAAGAAACGGAAAGCCCAACGGCUGAAGGACCCACUUGAUGAACUCUUGGUGAAGACCUUGACAGCACAGCGGGAAAUGGAAGAACGCUUUCUGCAAAUGGAAGAAAGACGAUUGCAGCGAGAUCUAGAGGUGGAGGAACGGCGGAUACAGCUGGAGCAGCGGCGCUUUGAACUGGAACGGGAGCAUGAGUUUCGCAUGUUCAGUGUCUUUGCUCAGAUGCUCAGCAUCUUAAAACAGAACAAUAGCGGCCCCUCUACAACUGUGCUGUCCCAAGGAGUGGACUUUAGCCAGGCCUUUUCUGGCACAUCAGGAGGCCAACAGGAAAUAAGGACCACACAGUUAGGGCAGCCUCCCUUGGACAGGACAACCAAUGUGUACAGUUUCUGUAACAUUGGUGAUUUCCAAAGCAGCCCGUACCUUUCUCUCCGAGGCAAUAUUGCAAGCAUCUUCCAUGGAUCCACAGAAGAAGGAUACAAGGCCUAUCAUGCUGACAAGUAUGAUGAAGACAAAAAUCCCAAUGGCAUCAUUAAUUUUGGCACCAGUGAGAACAAACUGUGCUUUGAUCUGAUGUCGAAGCGGCUAACACAAAGCGACAUGAAUGUCAUUGAGCCCCCACUGCUACAGUAUCCUGACUGGAAAGGGCAUAUGUUCUUGCGGGAGGAAGUAGCUCGAUUUUUGACAUAUUACUGCAAGGCACCUGCACCUCUGAAAGCGGAAAAUGUAAUUGUGCAGAAUGGCUGUGGCUCUCUGUUUUCUGCUUUAGCUACAGUCCUCUGUGAUCCUGGGGAAGCCUUCCUGAUUGCUACCCCAUUCUAUGGGGGUAUCACUCACAGUGUGUUUCUCUACGGGAAUGUCAAGCUGGUCUAUGCCCAUUUAGACAGUCAGGUAUCUGGCGCAAGCAUUCAUCCCUUCCAGCUUACUGUGGACAAGCUAAAGAAGGCUUUGCAGGAUGCACAGUCAGAGGGUGUGAAAGUGAAGGCUUUAGUUCUUCUGAACCCACAAAAUCCCCUGGGGGACAUCUAUUCUCUCUCAGAGCUUACUGAAUAUUUGGAAUUUGCAAAAAGAUAUGAACUACAUGUGAUUGUAGAUGAGAUCUACAUGCUGUCGGUUUUUGAUGAUUCCACCUCUUUUCAUAGUGUGCUGGAAAUGGACAGAUUACCUGAUCCACAGAGGACCCAUGUGAUGUGGGGAAUUAGUAAGGACUUUGCUGUCUCUGGGAUUCGUUUUGGAACCCUAUACACAGAGAACCAAGAUGUUGCCAAUGCCAUUGGUUCCUUGUGUUACUUCCAUGGGGUCUGUGGGCCUGUCCAGUACAAAAUUGCCCAGCUACUCCGAGACAGAGACUGGAUCAACCAGGUAUACUUACGGGCUAACCAUGACAGACUGAAAGCUGCCCAUACCUUUGUGACAGAUGAGCUCAAGACCCUUGGGGUUCCCUUCCUGAACCGCAACGCAGGCUUCUUUGUAUGGAUUGAUUUCCGAAAGUACCUGAAAAGACGUACCUUUGAGGAGGAAAUGCUGCUCUGGAGACGCUUCCUGGAUAACAAGAUUCUGCUGUCCUGUGGUAAAGCCUUUGAAUGUAGUGAGCCUGGCUGGUUCCGCAUCAUCUUUGCUGACAAAACACAUCGGCUGCAGCUAGGAAUGCAAAGGGUCUGUGAGGUCCUAGAACAACGUGAGCAUGAACUCCUGAAUGAAGAGAGAGACCAGUCCUGUCAGUCUGAUUCAGAGGGCAAAGCAGACAGCACAGAUGAAGUGAUCUUUGUGUCCCAUCACCAAGAACCAGUGUCCACUGCUGGCUGUAACCUUGGUGACCUUAUUGGCCUUCUACAGCAGCAAAUGCGUUCAUCUGACUGGCUGCAGAAAAAUACAGUGGAGCAGUUUGCGCAGGAAAAGCCAGAGGUCUAUGAUGUUUUCAGCAAGUUGGUGGGAAAGUAGUAGAGAGCUUUGAUAGAUUUGUGUGAAGACUGUCCCUGGACGUCAUUAUAGCUACGCUUGGACUUAAAGCCAAAGACAUGUUUUCUGUCUAACAUGAAACCCUUUUAUAAAGCUGCUUCUUUGAUCACCCUUUCAUUGCCAUCAUAUGGAAUGUGCUUUUAUUGGACAGGGCUGUGUACAGAGGGUUGGCUUUUAUUCUGCCUCUAUCCCUUGUACUGUAUUUUAUAUUAUUCCUGUUUCUAAUGAAUAGGCUUGUGCACUCUCA